AUGCCUGUGAUGCCUGUGCUGGAUGGAUUACGAUAUGGGGAGCCAGUGGAUGGCAGUCCUAGUCCCAACCAUAUCCAGCGCCAGAAGAUUGUAAUAGUUGGGCUUGGAAUGGUGGCUAUUUCACUCAUCGAGAAGAUUAUCAAACAGGAUACGGAAAGAAAAUACGACAUCGUCGUCAUCGGCGAAGAGUCCCACGUAGCAUACAACCGUGUCGGACUUUCGACGUUUUUCGAACAUCGCAAGAUCGAGGAUCUAUACCUCAAUCCAGCGGAAUGGUACGACUCGUUCAAAGAACGAGCAUUCAACUACCACCUCAACACACGAGUAACAGCAAUCAAUCCCGCGGAGAAAACAGUCCAAACAUCCACCGGUGUCACAACAUCUUAUGACAUCCUCGUCCUCGCAACAGGCUCCGAUGCCACCCUCCCAACACACACACCCGGCUACGAUGCCAAGGGCGUCUUUGUAUAUCGGACCAUCUCAGAUCUAGAACGCCUUAUCGACUUCGCGGCCCAGCAUAAAGGCCAAACGGCCGUUACAGUCGGGGGUGGACUGCUAGGCUUAGAAGCUGCGAAGGCGAUGACAGAUCUAGAGGACUUCGGAAAUGUCAAAUUGAUCGAUCGGAAUAAAUGGGUGCUGGCGCGACAACUCGAUGGAGAUGCCGGGACGUUGGUAACUCGCAAGAUUAGGGAGUUAGGACUUGAUGUUCUCCACCAGAAGCGGGUGAAGAUUGUUCAUACAGACGACGAAAAUAAUGUGAUCGGAAUUACAUUCGAGGAUGGCGAAAGGAUCGACUGCUGCUGUAUUUGUUUUGCGAUUGGAGUUCAACCUCGAGAUGAGCUGGGUCGAGACAUUGGAAUCCAGUGUGGUGAGCGCGGUGGAUUCGUGAUCGAUGAAAGUCUGCAAACCUCGAUCCCAGAUAUAUACGCCGUCGGAGAAUGCGCAAGCUGGGAGAACCAGACAUUCGGAAUCAUUGCCCCGGGAAUUGAAAUGGCCGAUGUGCUCGCCUUCAACCUGACCAACCCGGAUAAACAGCCCAAGAGUUUCACACGGCCGGAUCUCAGCACAAAGCUGAAGCUGCUCGGGGUUGAUGUCGCUAGUUUCGGUGACUUUUUUGCCGACAGGGACGGGCCAAAGUUCCUUCCCGGUCGUCGACCUUCCAUUGCCCCUGGCUUGGGAGGGGAUACUUCACGAGAGGAACCUCCUGUCAAGGCCUUGACAUAUAAGGACCCCUUCAGUGGAGUGUAUAAGAAGUAUUUGUUCACCAUGGACGGCAAAUUCUUGCUUGGUGGGAUGAUGAUUGGAGAUACCAAAGACUAUCUGAAGCUGAAUCAGAUGGUUAAGCUACAGAAAGAACUCGAGGGUUCCCCCGAGUCAAUUCAUCCUUGGUGCACAGAAUGGUGGGGAGGAAAAUGCGGACGACCUAUCUGUUCAUGCCACAAUGUCACCAAGGGAGACGUGGUAGAUAAUGUGAAGAACGGCACAUGCACAACAAUUGCACAGGUCAAGUCUUGCACGAAAGCAGGAACAGGCUGUGGUGGUUGCAUGCCUCUUGUUCAGUCAAUUUUCAACAAGACAAUGCUCGAAAUGGGACAAGAGGUAUCAAACAACCUGUGCUCACAUAUCCCCUACUCCCGAGCCGAUCUAUACAAUAUUGUUGCGAUCAAGCAACUGAAAUCCUUCGUCGAUAUCAUGAAAGAAGUCGGGAAGAAUCCAGAAUCUCUCGGCUGCGAACUCUGCAAGCCCGCUAUUGCAUCCAUUCUAUCCAGUCUGUUCAAUCCGCACAUCAUGGACAAGGGAGUCAACGACUUGCAGGAAACAAACGACAAGUUCCUUGCCAACAUCCAAAGAAACGGCACAUUCUCUGUGGUACCCCGAAUCCCAGGUGGUGAAAUCACAGCCGAUAAGCUCAUUGCUAUUGGUUCCGUAGCCAAGAAAUACGGCCUUUAUUGCAAAAUCACCGGUGCCCAGCGCAUCGACAUGUUUGGUGCGAAGAAGCAGGAUCUUCUGAAUAUCUGGACGGAACUCGUAGAUGCGGGUAUGGAGAGUGGACACGCCUAUGCAAAGGCUCUUCGAGCAAUCAAGAGUUGCGUUGGAACCACAUGGUGUCGUUUCGGUGUGGGUGACAGUGUCGGCAUGGCAAUUCGACUGGAAGAGCGAUACAAGAGUAUUCGUGCGCCACACAAGUUCAAGGGAGCUGUAUCUGGCUGCGUGCGAGAAUGUGCCGAGGCCCAAAACAAAGACUUCGGACUUAUUGCCACGGAAACCGGGUUCAACAUCUUUGUUGGAGGCAACGGAGGUGCAAAACCCAGACACGCCGAACUCCUCGCUACAGAUGUACCACCGGAGAUGGUGAUGCCUAUAAUCGACCGCUACUUGAUCUUCUACAUCCGCACCGCCGACAAACUGCAGCGAACAGCACGAUGGAUCGAGAAUCUCCCCGGCGGGAUCAAGUACCUCAAAGAAGUGAUCGUGGAUGACAAACUCGGAAUCUGCGCCGACAUGGAAAGGCAAAUGCACGAACUAGUCGAUAGUUACUUCUGCGAGUGGACCGAGACCGUCAAAGAUCCCAAGCGCCGAAAAGUCUUCCAACAAUUCUCCAACACAGACGAAACCGUCGAGACGGUAGAAGUCAUCCAAGAACGAUCUCAGCAACGACCCACAUACUGGCCCAAGGAUACUGCCGAGCGCGAGGAUUUCAAAGGCCACAAGUGGUCAAGUGUCUCCUGGCAGCCGGUUGUCCGAGCAGAUCAUUUCUCCGACGAGCCGCCUCAAGUCUCAUCGGCGAAUGUCAAGCGCGGAGAUACACAGCUUGCUGUCUUCAAGAUCAAGGGCAAGUUCUAUGCGACGCAGCAGAUGUGUCCACACAAGCGAGCUUUUGUUCUUUCUGAUGGUCUUGUUGGUGAUGACGAUGCUGGGAAAUAUUGGGUGUCGUGUCCGUAUCACAAGCGCAACUUUGAGCUCAACGGUGAGCAGGCGGGUCGGUGCUCAAAUGAUGAGAGUAUGAAUAUUGCUACGUUCCCUGUUGAGGAGAGGGAUGAUGGCUGGGUAUAUCUCAAGCUUCCGCCGAUUGAGGAGUUGGAUUCGGUCCUGGGGACGGAGAAGUGGAAAGUUCGUAAGGGUGAGGCGGAGGAUCCUUUCCAUAAGGUUGAUAAGAAGUUUAAGGGUAUGAAGGGGAAGAAGGUGGCUGAUGGUUUCUUGACUCGUGCACCAGCGGUGCAGCCAGCUAAGUCGAUUGACUGGUGA